UGGAGGACGUGAGGGGUGGGUCGGCACGGACCGCCCGUUCCUCCCUGAGCCUGGGCCCUUCCUGCAGCGCCUCCCUCAUCUUCUGACCUGCAGCUGGACACACCUGGAGGGAGCAGGGCGUGCAAACACGCAGGCAUCUGGCCAGCCGUGCCUUGUGCCGCGAAUACCGCGGGGAACUUCCUUGGCGAAAGAUCCCUGGAUUGAGGAGAGGGCAUGAACGUGGAGCUGGCUGUCCCUUUGGGGCACUGAACCUCAGGCGAACUCUGGUGAGCUGGGUGAGCAGAAGGUGUUGCUGAAGUCAGGGGAGCUGCUCCUCUGGUUGUGCCUGAAUUCCUCGUGUGGGUUCCUCUCUCCUGGAGCAGCUUUUCCUGCAGCGGGGCAAAUGAGAAAGCAAAUCUCUUGAGACAUAAGCAGUGGUACUUCCCUGGAGGGAGGAGAUGGGGAUUCUCCUGUUGCUCUGAGUGUUGCCAGGUGCCAGAAGUGGUCCCCAGUGGUGGUGGACAGUUAUUCUGAGUGACGGCCCUUGCAAACGCUUCUGAGUGGUUAUCAUGGGCUUCAUUGCCUUCCUGAAGACCCAGUUCAUAGUUCACCUCCUCAUUGGGUUCGUCUUUGUCGUCAGUGGACUGAUCAUUAACUUCAUUCAACUAUGCACGCUGGUCCUCUGGCCCAUCAACAAGCAGCUUUAUCGCCGAGUAAACUGUCGCCUUGCCUAUUCCCUUUGGAGCCAGUUGGUAAUGCUGCUGGAAUGGUGGUCAGGCACAGAGUGCACCCUGUUCUCAGACGAGGCCACGGUGAAAACCUUUGGGAAGGAACACGUCAUCAUCAUCCUGAACCACAACUUUGAGAUCGACUUCCUGUGCGGCUGGACGAUGACGGAGCGCUUUGGAGUGCUGGGGAGUUCCAAAGUUCUUGCUAAGAGAGAGUUGCUAUAUGUGCCCCUAAUCGGCUGGACGUGGUACUUCCUUGAGAUUGUUUUCUGCAAAAGGAAAUGGGAAGAGGACAGAGAUACAGUUAUCGAGGGAUUGAAGCGUUUGUCUGAUUAUCCUGAAUAUAUGUGGUUUCUGCUGUACUGUGAAGGAACUCGUUUCACAGAGACCAAGCACCGCAUCAGUAUGAAAGUAGCUGAAUCCAAGGGGUUGCCUAAACUGAAAUACCACCUGUUGCCCAGAACCAAAGGUUUCACCACUGCUGUCCAGUGUCUCAGGGGAACAGUUUCAGCAGUGUAUGAUGUAACACUAAAUUUCAGAGGAAACAAGAACCCAUCUUUAUUAGGAAUUCUUUAUGGAAAGAAAUAUGAAGCAGAUAUGUGUGUAAGGAGAUUUCCUCUGGAAGCUAUCCCUCAAGAUGAAAAGGAAGCUGCAAACUGGCUUCAUAAGCUUUACCAGGAAAAGGAUGCUUUGCAAGAGAUGUAUAAUCAGGAAGGUAUAUUUCCUGGCAAGAAGUUUAAACCUCCUAGGAGACCAUGGACCCUCCUAAACUUUCUUUUUUGGGCCACAGUUCUCCUCUCUCCUCUCUUCACAUUUGGCUUUGGAGUUUUUGCAAGUGGAUCACCUCUCCUUAUCCUUGCAUUCCUGGGACUUGUAGGAGCAGCUUCCUUUGGAGUUCGUAGACUGAUAGGAGUAACUGAAAUAGAAAAAGGCUCCAGCUAUGGCAACCAGGAAUUCAAGAAAAAGGAAUAACUGACGGCUGCAGUUCGGCACAUAUAACCAGACUAUGGUACCCGAUUAACUUCAGUUAAAAAACAACAACAAACACUUAGAAACUAUCUUUUUCUUAAUAACUGAUGACUAAUAUUAAUGAAUAAAACUUGAGCCAAGAAUGAAGAAGUUGGAGGCAUCGGCUGAAGAGAUUGCACCAACUUUCUGCCUGUUCAAGGAUUACUGUAGUCAAGCUGUGGGAGAAAAUCUGGGGUGGGGUGGAAGAAGAAACUAAUUUUUCUUGCUUUUUUGGGGGGGAGAUUUGGGGUGGGGGAGAAGAGAGAGCAUUGGCCAUGGCCACGUGUAUCUUCAGAUGACUGAAAACACUGGUUUCUGUCAAGAGCACUACACUCACUUUUACAACAGGAGCCAUUGAAUGUUUCCUCUUGCUAAAGCCAACGUAACAUUUAUUGAUUUCCAACUUCUUACUAAUGAGCCAGGAAAAAAACCACCCUCCUUAAAUGAAUUGACAGGUGUUCAUUGGGUUAGAGUCUUUUUGGCUGUGUUGUCAUGGCUACAGAUGAAAUCCUGUUUUUAUGUUACACUGACACUUUUUAUUUUCAGGCAACAUCUUAAGACUUGUGUAAUGCAGGAGAAUGGAUAGUGGAGUUUGGAAGCAGCGUUAUCCAUCAGCACAUCCCAUAGAACAGAUCCAGCAGGAUAAAAUUCUCAUCCUGUCUCCUGCUAACUGCUCAAGGCUGUUUAAUUUCAAAAGAUUACUUCAGUCUUGAGUGCUGUUUGCCCUGUUCCACAUCAAACACGUUCCAUAAUUUUGAAUCUGUUUGGGCUUGUUUGGUUUUUUUUUAAUUAGUAGUUGACCGUGGGAUUUAGAGUUGUGCAAAAAAGGAAUUUUUUUCAAUUCUCCUUUUAUUUCUGUUUCAUCUCUUAUUACCAAAGUCCAGUUCGGUCAACCUCUCACAGUAAACUGGGAGGCAGCACUAGAAAUCAGCACAAUAGUUUUCAAAAUGUCUUCUUUUGCAAAAAAAUGUGAAAAGGAGAGGUCUGUAGCAGUCAGAUUUUGAAUGCUGGCAUCUCUUGAGCUUCUAAUGAAAGUUUCAACAUGGAUUCAGAUGGGGCCAGGACCUUACCCUGUGUGUGUCAGGAUAGGGUGUGCUGCUCUUUUGAUUUGAUCAUGCUUUAGAUGUUCAUGUGAAUUUUUUUUCGCAAGGUGAGCUGUGCUGUUAAAAGAGAGUAUAAGGUCUCUUCAGGGAUUUUAAGUAUCUUUAGUUUUGCUUGUUGACAUUUUGGUCUUUAUCACUGAAAAUUAGAGCUCAGAAUCAUGUUUGUACCUGUCACCUUUUGUUCCUUUCUUCCUUUCCUUCCGUUUUCUUACAAACGCACAUUCAGAGAUUUCUGUAGGUUGCUGCUGUAUGCAUAGCUGGUGAAUUAUUUGCAAUCAGAUGGUAACUGCACCUGUAUGUGUAAGUCUGAAGGCCACAAUCUGCAUUUGGCUGCUCGCAGAAGUGGGUGAAAUGAGUUGCAGAUCUACAGCUGAGGGCAGAAGCUAACCCUCAGGGUCUGUAUCUUUAACCCAGCUACCACUAGAAUAUUUAUCUCACUUUUGUAAAGAGCAGAUUUUAUCAAAGCACUGGUUGUUGUUUUCAUCUUUGCUCCAGUAACCAAGAUAAGAGAGUAAUAAUUUACCUUGUUUCCGAAUUUGCUCUUAACUGUUGGAAUGUAACCUAUUCUCCUACAGGUUUUUCUGUUUUCAAACACUGGAAGAGCAAUUUUGUAACUUAGAAAAAUAUUUUACUUGGGGUCAUUAAUCACUUGUUCUGUCAUGCACUUGAUUUUUAUUUGUGGUCUUUUCAACAAGAGCAUUUGAAGGAUGACCUGAGUUCUGUCUGUCUCCUGUUAGACUCCACCUUGCUGAAUCCUUGUACCCAAACCCCCAACGUUAGUGUGACAUCUUUGUCCCUCAAUAAAUCUUCCCUAAGAGAGGGGCUGCAAAUCUGUUGCAAAUGUUAGUGGAAUUUGAAAUAUGCUUUGGGAACUGAGGAGAGCAGAGCCUAGCCAUAACUGUUUUCCUUGCUGGAUGUUUUUGUACUUCGUCUUCAAAUACAGUCAGACAUCCAAAUGGUGAUAAAGUUAACUCUGGCUUUCCCCUGUUUUUAACCAGAGGACUGAGAACAGUGGGGGGGGUUAUUUUUUUUUUUUUUUUUCCCCCUUAAGUAAUUCAGUAAUGGGUAUAAUUCUUGCUUCCUAGAAAGAUGUUACAAAUGCUGUAUACUUGCUUCCUGAAGAUGAUAUUGAGUAUAUAUAAAUUGUACUGGCUUAGCAGAAGAGGCUUGCAAAGCAGGCUGACCAUUGACUAUGUUUUAUACUUACAUUUUGGGCAGUAUAUUAAUGGGCAUGACAAGAAUUUCACAGAAUAAAUCCCUUCUUAAUGCUGAGAAGAGGGGAGCUGCUUAGAGGGGAAAGGAAUUAAUAGCCUUUCUCUUUACAGGAUCCUUUUCUCCUCUUAGUGCAUGUAACUCCCUAUUCAGGAUCAUGGGAUUAGUGCAUGUACAUCAAGGGGAGAAUAAUCAACAUUUCAUAUUUUCUUAUCAUAACUUAUUGGUCAUGCUUUCUUUUUGAAAAUGUAAUAAAUACAUCAUAAGAUACUUAAAUUUUGCUCUUCUAAACAGACAUAUCAGUAACCACUUGAAAAACUGAAACCUACAGCAGUGCACAAAACAGUACAAAAACCAACAUGAAUCUCUUAAUUUUGAAUUUUAUCUCUCAAAUAGGGGUUUUUAUACACGCGCACGCACACAUACACAGAAUAUGUAUAAAUUAAGAUGACUGGAAAUAGCUGAAGUUAAUGUCACUAAUGAAGAUUAGCAGGUGGAUUGGAUUGGAAAAGUGAGCAUAGAUUUUAUAUCUUAUUUUCUUCUGGUUUAAUAGAGCAUAGCUUGUAUAUUUGACUACCAAGCCCUUUAAGAGCAAUAAUAAACAAAGCUAUAUCAUG